UCUGAAGGACCUGGAUUCCUCAAUCAGCACGACUCGAAGCCUCAAGUAGCGAAGCUUUAUAACUCAUCGCUCUCCUUCUAACCUGGAAAACUCUUAGUCACAUACCGCGGAACCUGUGCCGACGACAUUUGGCUGCCCAGUAUCGACGGGGACUUCUGGCCCGACGCGCCCUCGACGAUGCUUCGCGAGGGCCGCUUCGCCAGGAACACCAGCGCCAUCAUCGGUUGGACGCAGGACGACAUAACGCUGUACACGUCCCCCUCCAUCGCGUACGCCGAGGAGACGUACAAUUCGAUCCGCGCGAGAUACCCCUGGCUAAGCGAGACGAGGCUCGACGCGCUCCUGGCGCUGUACCCGGUCGCCGAAUUCCCCGCCAACACCACCGCGAACCGCACGAGCGAGUCGUACCGCGUGGCCCGGAUCUGGCGGGACGUGCUGAUGGUCUGCCAGCCCAUGUACGUCGCCCAAACCCUCUCGGCCGCUGGCAGCGACGUGUAUCUGUAUGACUGGAACCAGACAGUAACCGGCCCGGCGCUGGCUGCGGUGCGGGGUCUGUACGGCGGCGGCGUGCUGCACACGGGCGAGUUCGCGAAUACUUUUGGCAACGUGUCCGUGUAUGUCGUCAACGGGGUACCCGUUCGCUCCUGCGCCGGAGGACUUCGCGCUGCAGCACCGUGGCGCGCGGUCGUGGUCGACGUUUGCGAACACGGGGAGGCCGCGGAUGGAGGGGAAGGGUACACUCGUGGGGUGGGACAGCGCGUUUCCAGGCUCCAAAGAUGAGCCAUUCAUCUGGAUCGCGGGCGGGCCUAAUGAAUGGUUGUCCGCUGUCGAUGGGCCGGGGGCGAGGCCGGAGAUGGCGGAGCAGAAGCUGCACCAGAGAUGUGCGUUUACCAACUCGCCCGAUAUGAUUGAGCAGCUGAGAUAUUAGUUACAGUCUCGAGAUCUCAUGGCCAGGUGCGAGGCGAGAACGGCACUAUUGCUCGGAGCAGAGACGA